AUGGCCGUGUUCGCUUACUUGGUUCUUAGUAUUAGCGACGACUUGCUAGCUUACAGCAGUGCCCUGCUUGGUUGUCGCGGCGGUUCGUGGACGGAAUGCAGAUCCCAGCUGACCUCGGUUCGUAACCAGCGCCAGUUUGAAGCUCUUUUGAAACGUUACUAUCCUACCACCGCCACCAGUGUUUACUCGUACUCGUCCAAUCUGAACGUAUACGGUUGUUGUGAUCGUAGCGAUACACGGUUCACCGCGUCAACCGGAACGACCGAGAUGUCCACGGAGUCUAUAGAUAGUUGCGAUUUUGCCUACCAUGAAGUUUCAUCACCCGGUUCGACCAGCCUGGACAAGAGUACGUCGACCGAAGUGGUGCACACGGUCGAAAACAUUACUGAGGUGUCGCCAGGAUUGUGUUUCGUCAUUACCGGUACCAUCCAGCUUACCUGCGAGCGGUUCUCCGUAAACUUGCUGCUUAAAAACGGUGAUGUUGCUCUACACUUCAACCCGCGGCUGCCCCAGAAUUACAUCGUGCGUAAUUGCCGCGUGAAGGGAUGCUGGGGACGGGAAGAGGUUGCAUCCCCACUGUCGUUCAAUUUACACCGUGGCCAACGUUUUGCCGUACAGGUGCUGGUGACGGACAAAGAGUUUCUGAUAUGCGUUAAUGGAAGACACUUCAAUGCGUUUCGGCAUCGCUUGCCUUACCGUAAGAUUUGUACCCUUGAGGUAAAGGGUGAUGUUCGUGAGGUAGCCGUAGAGCAGUGUUAUAUGGAGUGCUAUCCCCAGCUGGAGCUGGAGCUUGUCCGCCAACUGUCGCUGGACGCAAUUGUGUCGUCGAAGUUACGUGUGCCCUGUUCGCAGCCAGAUGCGGAUGGAAAACCGAUGCCUUACACCGGUGUUCUACGGGCACCAUUCAUCGAUGGAUAUAAACUGCAUCUGUAUGGACGCGUCAAACUGUUGCCCCACUCGUUCUACGUUAACUUGCAGAGCAGUGCGUAUGUUUGGCCCCAUCCCAACAUUCUGUUUCAUUUGAAUCCUCGCUUUGGUAGCGUCGGCGGCCGGCACGUGAUAUGCCGGAACUCGUGGAUAAAUGGAAAGUGGGAUCGGGAAGAGCGGUCGGAGAACAUGACAGAUUUUGCGCCCGGCAAAGCGUUCCAUCUGCAAAUCGCCUGUACGGACGUUAGCUAUCAAGUUUCGCUGAACGACAAAAUGAUCGCGGAGUUUGUAUACCGUGACAAUCCGCGCCUGGUUGAGGCGGUUUACAUUCAGGGAGAUAUCAAGGUGUUCGAUGUUGUUGUAGAGACUGCGUAUUAA